CCUACAACAGUCAUCCUUUUGUCUUUCAUUCUUUGUUUGUUCAUCAUUCAGCUCCAUCUAGAAGAAUUGAAUAGAACCUGCUUCCAUCACUAGCAUCGCCUUCUCGUUAGCGUCUACUUUGCUUUUGCCGCACCAUGAAGCUCUCAAAUGCUGUGGCCUACAGCCUCGUCUCCCUGCCAGGGGCUAUGGCUUGGGGAGGUCUGGGACACAUAACGACAGCCUUUGUUGCAAGCAACUUCGUCGCCAAUACGACAGAAGCCUACUUGAAGCAGCUCCUCGGUAGCCAAGAUGCCGAUUACAUGGCCAAGGUAGCCUCCUGGGCCGACUCGAUCAGAUACACACAAUGGGGUAGAUUCACCAAAAACUUCCAUUUCAUCGAUGCGCACGACAGCCCUCCCGAGGACUGCAACAUCGACUUUGAGCGCGACUGCAAAGAAGGCGGCUGCGUCAUCACCGCUCUGGCCAACUACACCCAGCAAUCCGUCGACCCGUCCCUGCCGGCAUGGCGACGAGCGCAGGCAGCCAAGUUCGUCAUUCACUUCGUCGGCGACCUGCACCAGCCGCUGCAUAACGAGGAUGUCGCAAGAGGUGGAAACGGUAUCCAUGUCUUGUGGAAUGGGCGCGAUUUCAACCUGCAUCACGUUUGGGACAGCUCCAUCACGGAGAAAUGGCUCGGCAUGCGUGGUAGAAAACCAUAUCCCUGGGCGGAGAAGUGGUCUGCAGAUCUUACAAAGAAGAUCAACAGCGGAAUCUACGCAGAUGAAAAGGACGAUUGGCUGGCGGACUUGGACUUUAGCAACCCGGAAGAGACGGCAUUGGCUUGGUCACGCGAAUGUAACAAGCUCGUGUGCCAGUAUGUCUUCCCUGAAGGUCCCAAGGCUAUUGCUGGCCAGGAGCUGAGCGGCGAGUACUACGAAAAAGCAGCCCCUAUGCUCGAAAAGCAAGUCGCCCGAGCCGGUUACCGUAUGGCAGCCUGGUUGGACAAGAUUGUCGACCAAUACCUGAAGCUAGAGGCGAGCUACACUGGAGAGCUGCCUACAGAAGACUACAUGGAAGAGCCUUUGGAUGAAUUUAUGGAGGAGCCGAUUGGCGAGCUGUAAUAGAGUAUGCAUAGAAGGGGGGAUCUUGGCUUUUUUAAUUUGCCAUUAAUUUCAUAAAGGGUAGCAGGCGAGUAUAGUGCCUUUGGAUACACAGUCAUCAUUUUGGUUAGCAAUUCUUGGUAAAUGAACAAUUACUGAAUAUUCGUC